AUGCCCGCAGUUCUCAGCAUCCGCGGUCCACAAGACGACGAGCCGCAAGAUCCCCAGCUGAUGCGACUGGACAACAUGUUGAUAGCUGAGGGGGUGGCUGGUCCUGAAAAAUCGAGGGACCCAAGAGUAGCAGACACGAUGAACCAGGCGGCCUACUCGGGUAGUGGUGGUGGUGCCUCCCCAGAAAACGCCAUCGAACAUUCUGACUACAGAGCCAAACUGGCUCAGAUUAGGCAGAUAUAUCAUACGGAGCUGGAGAAGUAUGAACAGGCCUGCUCGGAAUUCACAUCUCACGUGGUGAACUUGUUGAAGGAGCAGAGUAGGACGAGGCCGAUAGCGGCUAAGGAGAUUGACCGGAUGGUGACCAUCAUCAGGAGGAAGUUCACCGCCAUCGAGCUGCAGCUGAAGCAAAGCACGUGUGAGGCCGUCAUGAUCCUCAGAUCCAGAUUCCUCGAUGCCAGGAGGAAAAGACGAAACUUCAGCAAGCAGGCAACAGAAAUCUUGAACGAGUACUUCUACUCGCACCUGAGCAAUCCCUACCCAAGCGAGGAGGCCAAGGAAGAACUGGCCAAAAAGUGCAACAUCACCGUUUCUCAAGUAGCUAACUGGUUCGGAAACAAACGCAUUCGUUUCAAGAAGAACAUAAAUAAAGGCCAAGAAGAGGCAAAUGUAUAUUCGUCUCGUUUGAACUCAGGCUCAGAAAUGAGGUCAGAUUCACCAGGUCAAUUGUCCCCAUCUUCAUGCUCGUCAAAAAUUGAUUCAGCAGCCGAAUGUAUGUAG